UCAUCACUUUCUUAACUUAAAAUUCUCUCUCUAAAGCUUUAGAGCUUAGAUCAGCUAUAUAUAAUUAAAUUACUCUGAUCUAGUGAUUUUCUACUAGAAGUUGGCAUCAUCAAUGGCUUGCUUGAAUGUUGUUAAAAUGAGAAACAUGGGAAAGGAGAUAGUGAAGAAGAAGAAAGAAGAAUGUACACUCGACGGUUCAGUUGAUCGACACGGCAGUCCUUCUGUCCGCAGCUCAUCUGGGAACUGGUUUGCUGCUAUUCUCAUUCUUGUGAACCAAGGGUUUGCCACGUUGGCAUUCUUUGGCGUAGGAGUGAACCUGGUCUUGUUCUUGACUAGAGUCAUGGGACAAGACAAUGCGGAAGCUGCUAACAAUGUCAGCAAAUGGACUGGCACUGUGUACAUCUUCUCUCUGCUUGGUGCUUUUCUCAGCGAUUCCUAUUGGGGUCGCUACAAAACUUGUGCCAUUUUUCAGUCCAUUUUCGUCGUUGGUUUGGUAUCGUUGUCGGUGUCAUCUUACAUCUUCUUAGUUAGGCCUAAUGGAUGUGGCGAUGAACACGUGGCGUGUGGGAGUCAUUCCAAGUUCGCGGUCUUGAUAUUUUAUGUCUCGAUAUACCUGAUUGCUCUUGGAAAUGGGGGGUACCAGCCGAACAUUGCUACAUUUGGGGCUGAUCAGUUUGAUGAGGAUCAUCCAAAGGAAGGGAUCGCGAAGGUGGCGUUCUUUAGCUACUUCUACUUGGCCUUGAACCUUGGCUCUCUGUUUUCAAAUACAAUACUAGGCUAUUUUCAGGACAAGGGAAUGUGGGGGUUAGGAUUUUGGGCGUCUGCUGGUUCUGCAGUUGUGGCAUUGGUCUUGUUUCUUGUUGGUACCCCAAAAUAUCGACAUUUUGCUCCUCAAGGGAAUCCGCUUUCAAGAUUUUCUCAGGUUCUUGUCGCGGCUGUUAGGAAUUGGACUGUUAAGACUCCACCAAACGGAGAGGAGCUUUAUGAAGUUUAUGGAAAGGAGUCGUCGACUAAUGGGGAAAGAAAAAUACUCCAUACGAACGGAUUCAAAUUCUUGGAUAAAGCAGCAGUUAUCACGUCGAAGGAAGAAAAUCUGAAUAAUGUGAAUGAUGAUGUUCAAGAUAUUGAUCCGUGGCGCCUUUGCACUGUGACACAAGUGGAAGAAGUAAAAUGCAUUCUAAGGCUUCUUCCAAUCUGGCUCUGUACCAUUCUAUACUCUGUCAUUUUUACUCAAAUGGCCUCGCUUUUCGUUGAACAAGGAGCUGUGAUGAAAACCACAGUCUCAACGUUUCACAUUCCUCCAGCAAGCAUGUCAAGCUUUGAUAUCCUUAGUGUGGCAACCUUCAUUUUUAUCUACAGGCGUGUUUUGGAUCCCCUUGUAGCACGUUUCAAGAAGUCCUCGGGCUCCAAAGGGUUAACGGAGCUGCAAAGAAUGGGAAUCGGGCUUAUUAUAGCAAUCAUGGCGAUGAUUGCAGCUGGAACAGUUGAGCUUUUCAGGUUACAAUACGCGAAGAACUCAGGAUCUUUAAGCAUUUUCUGGCAGAUUCCUCAAUACGUACUCAUUGGAGCAUCCGAAGUGUUCAUGUAUGUCGGACAACUGGAGUUUUUCAAUGAUCAAACACCAGAUGGUCUGAAGAGCUUCGGAAGUGCACUUUGUAUGACAUCAAUUUCACUAGGAAACUACGUGAGUUCUCUGCUAGUGACGAUAGUCAUGAGAUUUUCUAAAAAUGAGAAAAUGCCUGGAUGGAUUCCGGGGAAUCUGAACAAAGGGCAUUUGGAUCGAUUCUUCUUUCUGUUAGCCGCGUUGACAGCUGCUGAUUUCAUUGUGUAUCUCAUUUGUGCUAAAUGGUACAAGUAUAUCAAGGUUGAAGGAAGGAAUGGAGGAACUAACAGAGGCGAAGACAAUGAUUUACGAGUAUAAUUCUAUCCAACCUCCUGAUACAAAAAAUAAGAUGGGAUCUGAAAAGAAAUUCGAAGGUUGCUGUGAAACUAGAGAAAUCCAAUUUGUACUUUCUCAAGUUGAGCAAUUUAAAGAAGACAGCAAGAUGCCUGCAAAAGGUGGAGAAGAACUUACUCUCAACUCUCAAGUACAGAAUUCAAAGACACUGGUUUACUUGUUUUAGAUAACAUUACUUAUCACAUUGUUCAUUGUUCUGUAAUUGUAAUUGUAAACUUUAUCAUUUAAGGCGUGGUACCGCAGAUUCCAAACAUAUAAAAAAGAGCGAGUGACCCUUUACAAAUUAAAGAAA